CGGGCGUGCGCGCUCAGAGGGAGGCCGGCCGCUGCCCGCGCCGGUGUCUCCGGUUGCCGGGCUAAGCCUCGCCCGACUGCCCGGCCCCGGAUCCAGGCUCCACGAGUUGCUCUCCGCGCGGGAUCCACGCGCCGCCGGCUCGAACCUCGGACUUGCACCUGAGAGCUCGGCCGGAGCGUGGGUCCAGGCCCAGCGGCGACAUGGGGAAAUUUCAAUCCAAGCACGCCGCAGCAGCCUGCAAGAGGAGAGAGAGUCCCGAAGGGGACAGCUUCGUGGUGUCUGCGUACGCAAGCGGCCGCAAAGGAGCGGAAGAGACCGACCGGCGCGGGGCCAGCGGUGUGGAACAUCGCGCACGGGACAAGCAGGAGCUGCCCAAUGGAGACCUUAAGGAGGGGCCUUUCUGGGAAGACAAGGGUUCUCUAGAAGUUGUGCUGCCCCCUGAGAAGUCUGAGGGCCACGAGGGCCAGGGCCAGCUCUUCAGCACAGAUGACGGGGAGAAGGCAGCAAGCCGUGAGGGCCCACUAAGACUGAGCAAGAAGCACUUGAACAUUGACGCACUCCAGUGUGAUGUCUCAGUGGAAGAAGACAACCGCCAAGAGUGGACAUUCACACUGUAUGACUUUGACAACAGUGGGAAAGUCACCAGAGAGGACAUGUCCAGCCUGAUGCACACCAUCUAUGAGGUUGUCGACGCCUCUGUGAAUCACUCCUCGGGCAGCAGCAAGACCCUCCGAGUGAAGCUAACUGUCAGCCCUGAGCCCUCCAGCAAGAAGGAAUGUCCUCUCACUGGCCAAGACCGGGAGCCCACUCGUGGCAGAACAGAGAGUGAGCUCACAGAUGACCCCCGAGUAGCUGACAGAAGGCUGUCUGCUUACAGCAGGAAGCCCAAUGCCGAUCCCCAGCCCUGCUCUGUGCGAGUGCCCUACUGUGUGGAUGAGAACACAGAGCGCAGAAACCACUACCUAGACCUUGCUGGCAUUGAGAACUACACAUCUAAGUUUGGUCCUGGGUCACCACCUGAGCAGGCCAGGCAAGAACAUCACGGCAGGGCCACACACGUUCCAAGCAGGUCCCGAUCACAGGAGUCGGAUGCCCACGCUAUACACCACCGCAGGUCGCAAGUACUGGCUGAGCAUGCCAUACCAGCUAAUGAGCCUGCUACCCGGGCUCUGGCUGCACAGCCCCGGCUCAAGGGGCAGGAGAAGCAGCUCCUCAGGUCUCCCAAGGGUCCAGGAAAACCUCUUGGGGCACCAAGCAGCUGCAAGCCAGGGAAAGCGCUCAGCUAUUGCCUGCAGGCUGUGCCACUGCCUCAGGGUGCUCAGGAUGGCCACCACCUCCCUCAGCCCCCACCACAGCCUCCGCCACAGCCCUAUGGUCACAAGAGGUACCGGCAGAAAGGCAGAGAAGGCCACUCACCACUUAAGGGGCAUGGCCAACCUUCCAUGGUGGAGCAUGAAGUGGUACGGGACCUGCCUCCCAUGCUGGGGCCCGAGGGCUACGUGGUACCUGUGAUCCAGAGGCAUGAACACCACCAUCACCAUGAGCACCACCACCAUCACCACCACCACCACUUCCACCCAUCCUAGCACCCAAACAAGCACUCCGCCCAAAUGCCCUUGGGGACACAGCAGGUGCUGGCAUGUGCCCAGUAGAGAGUAUAGCAUCCCCUGGCCCAACACCAGCUGCAGAUGUCAAGGGGCACCAGGGAGAUGGCACCAAGCUGGAUAGUUGUGGACAAAGCUUCAUUUCUCCAUGCCAUUUGGAUACCAGUACAUUUGAUGCAGCUGAUGAUUACCACUAACACGUGCUCCUGUGUGUUCUAGAAAGUCCAUACAUGAGGGCACAAAAGCAUCUGUUGCCUCUUUUGCUGCAGGGUGGCUGUGGGAUGUUUGAGGGACUGUGCUAGACAUUCUUUGUAUCCUCAUGGCUCUUUGACCUUCGGGUACCUGAAUGGAAAAGGCAAUGCUUUUUGUGAAGUUUAUACAUUGAAAAGUCAGUGGACUGGGCUUGGAAAGUGGCUCUUCUUCGGUGUACCAUGUUAAACAAAGCAGAAAAAGAGGCCAGAGUAUCAGUAAAUGUGGAGGGGGCGCGGUUGAGCAGAGGGGCAGGGUGAUUGAUGCUCAGUGGGCAGCUUGAGGCUUGGUGUCCAGAGCUUCUAGGAGAUAUGGAUAAGACCCAGACAGACAUGGAUGGGAUGGAUCAGGUACUAUGUUGGAGGUCCCCAUCCAGCCUGUGCAUAGCCAAGUGACACUUCGGUGUCCCUCCAUAAAGACUGCAAAGGUGUGGGGACCUCAACAAGCCAUGAUCUUUGUGGUUCCACCAACAGGACACAGCAAAGGGGAAUUUUUUACCUCGUGUGAGUUUGUGCAGGUGGCAUUAUGCCUUCUUGGCAUAAUAAAAGAUUGUGCAUUCUGUAACAUGGCAUAUAUAUCCUUGUACUCAAACACUUUUCUGAGGGCAGUGGUCAGCGUACAGACCCAUCGUAGCUGCAGAUGAAGAUGACAGGUACACGUGGAUGGAGGGCGAAUGCUGUAGAACAAUCUCCGCUUACGCUGCUUGACGCACACGACUCCACAGUAAUGCUUCUUAAUAAGGGAUUUUUAGACUAAGAGAAAUCAGACCUCUAAACCCAGAGUUCAGCUUAUGUUAACAAGGAACACCAAGCCCUAUAUGGGCUCCAUGGGCUGCAGCUUAUGCAGACUGUUGAGAAGCAACACAACUUUGUGCUCAUCUCCUCUCCCCAAAACCCCCGUGCCUAUUCUAAGGAAUUCAUCAUGUAGAGAUGACACGUAUGUGAGGCUCUACCACCUGCACCACAGCAGAGGGAUUACACAAGAAUCAUCGUGGCCACCCAGUUUGUUUUUUCAGAAUGCAGCAUUCUUAGACUGGGCUUGUGUUAAGAGGUCCUUUCAGGAGGCUGCAGAGAUGGCUUAGCAGUUAAGAGCACUCACUGGCUGCUCUUCCAAAGGACCUAGGCUCAAUUCCCAGAACCCAUGGGGCAGUUCACACCUGUCUGUAACCCCAGUUCCAGGGCUUCUGACACCUUCACACAGACAUACAUGUAGAUAAAACACCAAUGAGCAUAAACUAAAAAUGAAAGGAAAAAAAAAGUCAGAGACAUCAUAUAGGAUAUCCCUAAUGACACCCCAUGCCAUGGUUCAGUUGAGCACCAUGGGAAGUGGAAAGAUUCAGCCAAGUUUCAGCCCUGGCUUCAGGUUUUAAAAAUUCAGGGCAGGUAGAAGCCCUAACAAGCUCAUGGCAGGGGCUAAACAUCUGCCACUGUGUGAGUGUUAAGCAGAGAAGUGUGUAGCACUCCAGCCAGCCAAGGGACCAAGCCUCAGACUGCAGGGUCCUCAGUGCCAUGGAUGACACCUAAAGAGAUGGGAAAGCACUUGUGAACUAAAAGAGAAACAAACCCAGACCAUUUAGUUGGGUGUGGCAGUAAAUGCUUGUGGGAGGCUACAUCAAGAGCUACAAUCCAAGAUCAGGCUGGACUAUCUAGUGACACGGCCUCCCCUGCCCCCAAACUGCUCAUGUUCUCUCCAGCAUUUAGCUACACUGGACAUGGUCACCAGUGUCCGAGAACAGUGGAUCUGCUGAGGUGCAGGAACUUGGCCUGGAUUGACUCAGGCUCCAGGACUGCCUAGCAGUAAAACUGCAAUUUUGCAAAUAGAGACAGAGAUAAGAAAGCCAGGAGAAAUGAUGCUUAGUCCACCCUGUGCUGUCUCCAUGGCCAUUGGUAGUACCUGGCGACAGAAGAUGGUGGCUAUUGUGAGAAAAACCAACAACCUUGGCUGUGUAUGUGGAGGGUGUGGCUACUGUGUGUUCUUAGAACUGAACCUGAUCUAUGUACACUCCCAAAUAAAAAACAUCGAGGGAACGAA